AUGUCCACAGCUCUUGCAUUGGCAAAGAAACGGGGUUAUGCUGACAUUUACCACAUGAAGUUCUCCAGCCCGAGCUGUCCCCAGUACCUAGAUCGAAAGAUGGCCAACCAGACAUGUCUACCUCGCCUGAGUAGACUGGAUACCAAAACUCAGGACAUGGGCUCGAGUGGCUCGUCAACACCUUCAGCCUCCCCCAGUUCCCCGACUAUGACCAUCGCCACGUCUCACUCAACACAAACUGCGACGAAGGCAUCGCCGAGUACUGUGUCAGAAGAUAUGGAGGAAAAGUUGGGUUUACAGGACCUCGAAUUGAUGAUGUACUGGUGUACAACGACCUAUCGCUCCAUGGCUCGAGAUCGUGCCACAGAAACCCUCUGGCAGACCGUUAUCCCCCGUUUAUCACUGCGGUUCACCUGUCUUCGGCAUGGGCUAUUGGCAUUAUCGGCGCUGCAGCUGUCUGGGACAUGCACGACCCUGGCCGGCAAAUGGCGAUAUCUCCUCGCUGCGCGCGAGCAUCAGAGCAAAGCUCUAAUGGGCAUUCACCUCGACACGACACAGGAACUCUCAGACACCCAGUGCGAUGCCCACUUCGCCCUAUGCAGUGUCAUGACAGUGUUCUCUUUUGCAUAUUGCCUAACUGAUGACGGCCUAGAAGACGACGACGAGCAGGCCGAUAUACUAGAUGAGUUUCUGGAGGUAUUUCAGCUCACUCGGUGGCUCAUUAGUGCCAUGAUAUUAAAUAUGCACCGGGUGGGAGAUGGCGAGCUCCAUGCAUUAGUCCAAUCCGAAGAAAGACGGCCCCGAAUGCCGAACAUGUCUCAAUUGGUCAUUCUAGCCCUGCGACGGCAUAAUGAGAGUGAAGCAUUGCUGGACCCAACCCAUGAGAAAGAAACAUAUGAAGCGACAAUUGAUCAUCUGGGCACCUCUCUUGAGCAAUUGAUGAAUGGAAGUGAGCCUAAAGAUUUCGCCCUUUGUUGGACCUUUCAAGUCCCUGUUCGCUUCCCAGAACUCGUGGGCGAACGAAGGCCUUUUGCGCUAGUGAUUCUCGCUCACUUCGCCGUUAUCCUACAUCAUCUCCGGGAGACAUGGUGGAUGGGAGAUUGGGGCAUCCGUAUUCUGAAGGAGGCUGUGGACGAGCUUGAUCCCGAAUGGCGGGGCCUUCUCAGUUGGCCAGUAGAUGCUAUGGGCUGGUUCUUGCCUGAGGCAAAAGUUUGA